CAUGCUCUAACAAAUGAAAAAGAACCUUGCGAGAUGAACUUAGUGAGAAAAGCUUUCUACAAUGCACGUUGCUUUGCUAAGGCUAAAGCAGCUAACCUUUUGAAUCCACUCAAAAUUCUUUAUCAUACUCUUUCCUCAGUAGUAUUGCAGCCCAUCAAAGCCCUUGCAUUGGUAAUGCUUGUCAAGGGUUACUAACAGUUUGAUCUUAAUUAGGUACCAUAUUACUGCCAGAACAGUACUUGGGAAACCCAUAUCUUUAGAGAUAGCUUCCUUGUAGAUACCUCCAUGAUUCCUGCAUCCGGACUCAGUUUGCAAAUUGUGUUUGCAGAACCGUCUUUACGAUUUGAUCUAGUGUGGGCAGCCUGCCAGAUAGGCCAGUAGACCAAGCUGUUGUUCUUUGGCAAUGUUUAAUUCUCAGUUAUUUCUAGUUAGCUUAAACAAUUGUAAGUGCAACUUUGCAAGAACACCAUUUUACUUCUGAAUACUAUUAAAUUGUCUUCUAGUUCUAGGUUGCACCUUAUUUUUUUCAUCUCACUAUUUUCUUAAUUCAUCCCUAACCCAUGUAAGUGCAACAUCACUGCUGAAAUUCUUAGAUGCUGCACCUAAUCAGAACACAUAUUCUACAUCACUUUCUAAAAGACUCUUACUUUAAAUAUUUCCUUUCUUUUUUCUUUUUUUUUGCAAGAAAUGGAUCUGAUUAGGGUUUUUUUCUCCAACUUCUUAUUGAAGACAAUUUAAGGAUAUUAAGGCGGAUGUCUGGUGUCAUGCUACCUUCUAAGUAGGAGGCAACAUUUCUGGCAGUAGCUAAGAAAUGAACAAUCCAAUAAUGUUCAUCCUUACAGGCGAUGCAAGUGUAGAGAGCACAAGACAGCUGCGUUGACCACUUCUUUGUUUAACUACGGUCUUAUUUGGGGAUUUAGUUCUGAGAUUAAUGUAAUGUGAAGACAAGAAAAGGUGCCUCUCGGUACCCAUGAUAGUCAUAGCAACAAAUUUCUCCUGGUAAUGCCCAAUCCUAUUUUAUGACACUUUGAUCUCUCUCAGUCUGUUUCUCUAAUGCUGCAAUGCAUCUCUUCAGUUUCAGGUUAAGACAAUUCAACUAAAAGAGGCUUGCCUUGUAAAUUUUAAAAAUCUCCAAUUAUGUGAUCCUAAGGACAUCAUUGCU